UUUGAGCCUCGAGUGGGUAUAUCAUCGGGUCUUCAUCGCAUUCCGGUUGUAACAGUUCUAAAAGUGACUCGAAGUGAGACUCGCCACGAUGACGGCCGUAACGAAAGGUAUUUUCAUUGUCGCUGCAAAGCGCACCCCAUUUGGCACAAUGGGAGGCAUGUUUGUAAACAAGAAUGCAACCGAUUUGUCAGUUGUUGCAUCAACCGCCGCAAUGCAGGCAGCAGGCCUAAAACCGGAGAAGAUUGACAGCGUGGUAUUUGGACAUGUCAUGGCGAACUCAUCCUCCGAUGGUAGUUUCUUGGCGAGGCACGCCUUGUUAAAAUCAGGAAUUCCAUUACAAAAACCAGCACUUAGCGUAAACAGAUUAUGCGGCUCCGGCUUCCAAGCAAUUGUCAGCGGUGCUCAGAACAUUCUAAUAGGAGAUUCGAAGAUUGUCUUGACGGGUGGUGCAGAAAACAUGAGCCAAGCUCCUUUUGUCGUGAGAAACAUUCGUUAUGGCACUGCUUUAGGACAGAAGUAUGAAUUUGAAGACUCACUCUGGCUUGGAUUACUCGACACCUAUUGCAAUUUGCCCAUGGGUCUCACCGCGGAGAAACUCGGUGCUCAGUACAACUUAAAGAGGGAAGAGGUCGACCAAUUUGCCAUGAAUAGUCAGCAACGUUGGAAAGCUGCCAACGACGCGGGUUAUUUCAAAGAAGAAAUAGCGCCAGUGCAAGUGAAAGUUAAGAAGCAGGAUACAACUGUCAGCGUAGACGAGCAUCCACGUAUACAAACGACGCUACAGACCCUUGCCAAACUGAAACCAGUUUUCCAGAAAGAUGGAUUAGUCACAGCUGGUUCUGCAUCGGGCGUCUGUGACGGAGCGAGCGCUGUUAUUUUAGCUAGCGAGGAAGCAGUCAAGAGCGAAGGCUUGAAGCCAUUGGCACGUUUAGUGGGCUACAGCGUUGUUGGUGUGGAUCCAAGCAUUAUGGGAAUUGGUCCUGCACCAGCAAUCAAAAACUUGCUUAAAGCUGCGGGCAAGACGCUUGAUGACAUGGAACUCGUCGAGAUCAACGAAGCAUUUGGAGCGCAGACUUUGGCGUGUGCAAAGGAGCUUAAUCUGGAUCUGAAUAAAUUGAACGUAAAUGGUGGUGCUAUUGCUGUAGGACACCCAUUGGCCGCUUCCGGUAGCAGGAUCACUGCUCACUUGGUGCACGAACUUAGGAGACGAAAGGCUGGAAAAUUCGGUAUCGGCUCGGCUUGCAUCGGCGGCGGUCAAGGUAUCGCUGUGAUGGUGGAAGCGCUGUAAUCAACCGAGAAGUUGGAGAGCUCUUAAAUCUUUUAAAGAUAUAGCAAUAUACAAACAGGUCCAAUGGCAAGUGACAAGUGUGAUAUGUCGUAGGAUUUAUCUGUGCCAACAAUUACUAAUCCCUUUUCGCGGUCUAGUGAUACAAGAAUCAUAAAAAAUAUUUUUAUAUGCAAAAAGUUUGUAUAUACUUUUGUGUACGUAAUAAUGCAUUGUUAAAUAAAACUAAAACAUUUGUAAUUAACAGUGUAGGAAAAUUGAUAAUCGACACAACUGGCAAUUUUGAUUAGAGACAAGUUGUUACGAGAAAAGCUACUUAUACAAGUAGAACUAACGUGAAAUGAUAAAAGUGACUAGAGCAUGACUUAAGAACGCGCUAAACAAACAAGUAUUAAUCUAUUUCCUGGCCAUACAAAGAAAAUCAUGACAAAUAUUUUUAUACAUAAAACCUUUAUAUACACUUGUACACAUAAUACAUUGUUGAAGAGAACAUUUAUAAUUAACUCACUGCUCUUUGUAAAGAAAAUAUAGCUACAAAGUUAUCCGGUA